GAAGGGGAGGGGGGAAGGGCUCAGCCCUGGCCGAGAGUGAAGCAAUAGCGGUGGCUGGAGAGAGAGCGAGGCCGGAGAAAGAGGCGGUAGCGACGGCGACGACGGGAGGCGGAGCCUGUGUCCUUUCGCGCGGCUACAGCGAAGUGUGGCUUUCGUUGCCGGCGGUGGGGGGCAGAGGAAGAAGAUCCCGGGGGCCCGCCGGGCUGGGUUAGGGGUGGUGUGUGUGUAUGUCAAAGACUGGCGGGGUGGGAGGUUAGAAAAAGAAGAUGCUGCUGUUCGUGGAGGUAACAUCGAAAGGUGCCAGCUUAAAUCCUAAUGCAAAAGUAUGGCAGGAAAGCAUGCAGGGAAACUCGGAAGCUGCACCAGCAACUAAUGGCGCUGAGCAGUCAUGGCAAGAGACAGUAGCUGUGUUGGGAAAUUGUACAGAGGGUAAUGCUGAGGUUGCAGAUGAUGUUGCAAAGCAAUAUGAAACAAUGUAUUCAUCUUGUGAACCGUCAGACAGUUCAGGUGUUGAGGAAUCAGUGGCUAAUGGAAUGGUCUUGGCACAUGAGGAACUUGGAUACCAACUCUAUGAUGUUUCUGGUGAAGGCAGCCCUGUCAUUUCUACGGAAGACCUGAAAGAAUGUUUGAAGAAACAACUAGAGUUUUGUUUCUCACGUGAGAAUCUGUCCAAGGAUCUUUACUUGAUGUCACAAAUGGACAGUGAUCAAUUCAUUCCAAUAUGGACAAUCGCCAACAUGGAAGGAAUUAAGAAACUGACAACUAAUAUGGAUCUAAUUGUAGAAGUACUGAGAUCUUCUCCUAUAGUCCAAGUGGAUGAGCGAGGAGAAAAAGUUAGACCAAACCACAAACGAUGCAUUAUUAUUCUCCGUGAGAUUCCCGAAACAACACCUGUAGAGGAGGUACAGGCACUGUUUAAAAAUGAAAGCUGCCCCAAAGUGAUAAGUUGUGAAUUUGCUCACAAUAACAACUGGUACGUUACAUUCCAGUCAGACACUGAUGCACAGCAGGCAUUCAAAUACUUACGGGAAGAAGUUAAAACCUUUCAGGGCAAGCCAAUAAUGGCCAGGAUAAAAGCCAUCAAUACAUUUUUUGCCAAGAAUGGUUACCGGGUUGUGGAUUCCAGUGUAUAUGUUCAGCCUGUUCAGACCCAAGCACAGUUUGCCUCACCACUGUUUAUGCAGCCUGUAUAUAGUCCUCAGCAGUACUCCAUCUACAGUAUUGUGCCUCAGACAUGGUCUCCAAACCCUGCACCUUAUUUUGAAACACCACUGGCUCCAUUUCCCAAUGGUGGAUUUGUGAAUGGCUUCAGUUCGCCAGGAUCGUACAAGACAAAUGCUGCUGCAUUAAGUAUAGCUCGCCCAUUCCAUAGAAACCGCGUGAAGCCUCAUUUCCGGUUGUCGAGUAGUUCUGAACAUUCUGCAGACGUAACAUCAGCAGUCAGUGCCGUGUCAGUAGGAGAUGGACAACUGCACAGAGCCAGCUCAAGGAACUUUCAAACUGAACGGCAAGCAAAUACCUUCUCAGGACACCAAGAGCAAAGCUAUUCAUCAAAGGAUUCUUCUAUCACUCAGAUAGAGCAAAACGGUGAUUAUGGCAUGACUAGGGGCAGGAGGAACAUUUUCAGAGGUCGGAGAAGACGGGAAGAUGACAGACUUCCACGGCCUCAGCCUUCAGUUGAAACUAAGACUUUGACACCAAAAUUUGACUUGCUAGCCUCGAAUUUCCCUCCAUUGCCUGGUAGCAUGAUAAAAACGCAAGGAGAUCCUGUCUUGGAGAGUAGGAUGUCGGACAUUGUUAAAGGAAUAAGUAAAGAAAAGGAAAACAAAGAGUUGCCAGUCAGUUGUCUAGCAUCUACUCAGGAAGAACGGGGCCAAAAUACUGUUCAGCCUGUCAUGAGUGCCAGUUCUCCCUGUGGGAUUGAUGUUCCUGGAUUAAGUGCCACUGAGCCAGAUAAGAAGUUGGAAGAGGUCCAUAUACAGAAAGAGGUUGCAAGCCAGACUUCACCACCUUCAUCCGUGUGUCCCCUUAGUACUGUAAAAUCACCUAGGACAAACACCACUUCAUCUACAACCAAUACAAAUACAAUGCCUACUGUGACAGUUCAGGAACCCCGGAAGCUCAGUUAUGCUGAAGUCUGCCAGAAACCCCCAAAGGAGAUAGCUCCAGUUCCUGCUCAGCCACUUAGGGAGCUGCGUACCAAUGUAACUUCUCCUGCCAAAACAGAAGAAAAUGGCACCCUUGAAAGAUCUGGCGAGAAGGCACAUGAAAAACCUGAAGGGCGGGUGAAGGACUUUGUUGUCUUCAGGGGCAAUGGGCCUCCUAAAGGAGCUGCCGAAAAUCAGGGAACAGAGGCGCCAAUGUGGGCGCAGGUCUUCUCCUCAGGGAGCGCCUCGGCGUGUUGGCAAGGAACAGUAUGUGCCACCGCGAUCACCAAAGGAAAAUUGAUGACUUUAUUUAAUCAUAACCAUGGACUAAAGAGCAGUAGAGGAGAAACUGGCCAGCUGUGAGAAAUUUAAAUAUGGGAAAAGUGGACACUGAAUUCAAGAGCACAGAGUUUGUGGUGUGUGAGUGCUUGAAGGGGUCCCAAUAUUCAUCUCAAAGUGAUAUAUAAAAUGCUGGAGGAAUUGAAUCAAUAUAAAUAUGAUAAAGAUUAUAAUUUUUGUAACUUUUUUGUUUUUAAUUUGCAGCAGAUUUCCUGCCCGAACUAGAGUCUUGGGUUAUGAAUUAGUUUGUUGAAUAUGAGGAACAAAUACACACUUUAGCAUAUUCCUCACAUGGAGAAAGAGGGGGCAAAAUAAUAUUUUUUUUGAAAAAAGCAUUUCUGUAAAACUUACAAAUUACUUUUUAAAAUCUAUUUAAUGUAUGGCUUGUAGGAUGAUGUGUAUGCCAUUAAUGGCCUUGCAUUACAAAUCAGCCCCAAAACUGACGUGCUUGGUCAGUAUGAAUGAGCGUAGCCACAUACUUGUUAUGUCAUGAUUUAGUCACUGAUGAUAACUGAAUGUACUACUGUAGUAUUUUGUGUUUUGGAAAUAUAGUCUUUGACCUUACUAAUUUUGGUCAGCUUUUAAAAAGAUAUGAUUUUAGUUUGGAUUAUACAAACAGCAAGAUUAGUAAACAAGAAUAGUGAGCAAAGUUUUAAUUUGUACUUGCUUUCCCUCUAAUUAGGGAUUGUGUUAGUCUUCCCUAUUGCUUUAGUAUUUUCUCUAAAUCUUUAUUACAGAAUUAUGCCCAUCUAUCUGGAGUGGUUGUUCCAGUACUGAUGCAGGACUAAUACAGGAAAAGUGCACAGUAAACAUUCUGUUGAUAUCACAUUUAAUGAAGCUGGACUUUCAGCUCUUCAGUAUGCUGAAUUGUGUAGAAAUGAGGCAAGUAAGUUUGAGGUUUGGCUUUGAUGUAAUACGUUGACAGGCCUCUAUAGAGUGGCUUACAUUGAUGCACUGAAAAAGCUCUUUCUACUCAAAAGGCACUUUAUACUGUAUUGGAGAUCAGGUUUUGCUUAGAGAGAAGACUCUUGAACAGCAAGUUUAGUAACUAGGUUUCCUCGGUUAUUAGAGCUGAUAGCCAUGGAAACUUUUAAGUUAGGUUGGGAAAACUUGGAGAGGACUUUUACAUAGCUUUAUGUUAAUUAGAUUAACAACAUUGUGUAAUAAGCAGAUUGGUGUAUAAACCGGUAACUGUAGUAAGAAAAGGAGUAAGAAAACUACAACAUGUUAAUCUGCCAAAAUUUACAUGCUAGGGUUCAAGGUUCUGUAUUCAAGUGUUAGGGAAAUGUACCUUGCAGCAACAAACUGUACCUCUUUCUUUAGUUAAUAGCAAGUAUAACAAAUCUAAAGUUGUUAGUUGUGAACACUGGAAAACUCAGUUGCGAGAUACCACCACAUCUUAAUUCAUGUAUGCUAGUGAUGACUUUAAAAUGUCAGUGGCAGAUAAUUAACUGUGAAAAUGUUCGUCUUCUGAUUUUCUUAGCCAGAUAACCCUUGGCAAUUUUGACUCAGUAGGCAUUCUCUAUCAAUGACUUCGAGAACACUCAUAUCUAUUUUUAUAAGUAUAUAUAUAUAUAUAUAUAUAAAGUUAGAUUUGUCAUUUCUCUAACUUA